AUCUGUGCUCUGUAGCCAGGAGCAACAGAGACCAUCCAGAAGACCGGCUCGACCAUGUCUCUGUGGCUACCUUUCCGAGGCAGAUGGAAGUUGGGGCGGAAGAACUCAUUGCGGGGCUCCUCACAGCUCUCCAAGCAAGACUAUGAGGCCCUGAGGGAAAGGUGCCUGAUGGAAGGCCACCUCUUUGAAGAUGACAGCUUUCCAGCCAGUCUGCGCUCGGUGGGCAGCGGGCCCCUGCUGCGGAAGCUGCCGCCUGGCCUACAAUGGAAGAGGCCUCCGGAGUUACACAGCAAUCCCCAGUUCUAUUCUGCCAAUACCAAAAGGCUGGACCUGUGCCAGGGAGUGGUAGGAGACUGCUGGUUCUUGGCUGCUUUGCAAGCUCUGACUUUGCACCAGGACAUCUUGAGCCGUGUUGUUCCCCUGAAUCAGAAUUUCACUGAGAAGUAUGCUGGCAUCUUCCAGUUCUGGUUCUGGCACUUUGGGAAGUGGGUGCCUGUGGUGAUAGAUGACCGACUCCCUGUGAAUGCAGCUGGCCAGCUGGUGUUUGUCUCUUCUACCUACAAAAACUUGUUCUGGGGAGCUCUUCUGGAAAAGGCUUAUGCCAAGCUCUCUGGCUCCUAUGAAGACUUGCAGCGUGGGCAGGUGUCUGAAGCACUCGUGGACUUCACUGGAGGGGUGACAAUGACCUUCAAUCCAGCAGAAGCCCCUGGCAACCUCUGGGACAUCCUAACCCGAGCCACCUACAACAGAACCCUCAUUGGCUGCCAGACCCACUCGGGGAUGGAGAGGGUGCUGGAGAAUGGGCUGGUGGGAGGCCAUGCCUAUACCCUCACAGGAAUCAGGAAGGUGACCUGCAAACAUGGACCAGAAUAUCUAGUCAGGCUGCGGAACCCCUGGGGCAAAGUGGAAUGGAAAGGAGACUGGAGUGACAGGUCAAGUACGUGGGAGCUACUGAGCCCCAAGGAGAAGAUUCUACUGCUGAGGAAGAGUGAUGAUGGCGAAUUCUGGAUGACUCUGAAGGACUUUAAAGCACAUUUCAUGCUUCUGGUCAUCUGUAAACUGACCCCAGGCCUGCUGAGUCAGGAGGUGGGCCAGAAGUGGGCCUGCACCCUGCGGGAGGGGAAGUGGGAGAAGGGGAGCACGGCCGGUGGCCGGAUGAAGUCGCCCCGAGACACAUUCUGGAAGAACCCGCAGUUUCUGCUGUCCGUCUGGAGCCCUCAGGAGGAUAGGAGAUUCCUGAUGCCCUGCAGUGUGCUGGUGUCCCUGCUCCAGAAGCCAAGGCACCGGCACCGGAACCGGAAGCCUCACCUCGCCAUCGGCUUCUACCUCUUUAGGUUGAGCAAGUACUAUGGUGACCCGAGGAGACUUCCUCCUGAGUUCUUCUGGGAAAAUGGCCCCCUCAGCUGGCCCAAAGCAUUUCUCACAGAGAGAGAAGUGAGUCAGGAACUACAGCUGGUGCCAGGGACGUACGUCAUUGUGCCCUGCACGUCUGAGGCCAGCCAGGAGUCGGAGUUUCUCCUGAGAGUCUUCUCCAGGAAGCACAUCUUUCAUGAAAUUGGCUGCGACGCCAGUGCUGUUUUCUCUAAGGAAAUAGUGGACCAAAAUGAAGGGCAGGAUGAAUUCUUCACUAAACUCUUUGAGAAGUAUCCAGAAAUAAAUGCAGUGCAGCUGCAGAAGAUCCUGAACCACAUGACCUGGCCAAGUCUGGGGAGCGCCCGGCCUCUCUUCAGCCUGGACGCCUGCCAGGGGAUCCUGGCCCUGCUGGACCUUAAUGCAUCCGGCACUGUGAGCAUCCAGGAGUUCAGAGACCUGUGGAAGCAGCUGAUGCUCUGUCAGGAGGUUUUCCACAAGCACGACAGUCACCGGUUGGGACACCUGAACAGGACUCAGCUGAGGGCGGCCAUGAGGGACGCAGGGAUCGUGCUCAGUGACGACGUCUGCCAGCUGAUGCUUGUCCGCUACGGUGGCCCCCGCCUCCAGAUGGACUUUGUCAGCUUCGUCCACCUGAUGCUGCGUGCGGAGAGCAUGGAGGGUGCCUUCCAGAACUUAACCCAAGAUGGCAAAGGGAUAUACCUCCAGAAGCCAGAGUGGCUGAUGAUGACUCUGUACUCCUGAGAAGGCUGGGGCCCUGUCUGUCUUCACCGAG